CCUCCUCCUCUGUCUCCGAAUGGAGAGUGAUCUUUUUUCACAUCUAUUGAAUCUCCCAGAGAUCGCCUUGUCGCGCGGCCUGAGGAGGGACCACAUAGAUCACAGAAAUGCUUCAGCCACCGAGGGAUCGACGUUUGCAGAGCAUCCACUGAUCGCGCGAACUUUCCAGCGGACGCCGUGAAAGUGGGCAAUUGUUGGAGACCUCCAGAUUCGCGAAAUGUUGCAAUGGAAGGCGCAGACUCUGACUCGCCGUCUCAAACAGGAGUAUGAAGUGCUUCGCGGAUCUGGGAUCAACGAGAGACAAACUUGGUUUUCUUCGGAUAUCACUAAACGCUCGCGGGGAAAUACACUAGCGCGGAUACCGAGACGCUCGGCGCAGACCUUGCAACAUGGCCUCGGCUGUUAAUGUCUCCUCCGAGCAGGAAAACAGAGACCCCGAUCGGCCGAGGGUAACGCGGAGAAAUAGGGGCAACUAUCGGACCGCCGCGGCGGAUUUGGAGUAUUUGCAGCGGCCGAGCUAUUGCGAUGCCGCCUUUGCGCUGGAGCAGAUAUCAGAGGGGAAUGCGACUGGGAGGAAAGCGCCGCUGUGGUUGAGAGCAAAGUUUCAAAGACUUUUGUUUAAACUUGGCUGUUACAUACAAAAGAACUGCGGAAAGUUUUUAGUUGUGGGCCUUUUAAUAUUCGGAGCUUUUGCUGUUGGCUUAAGGGCAGCUAAUCUGGAGACGGACGUGGAGAAACUCUGGGUAGAAUUCAUGUACAACA